AUGGGAUCAAUAUUGUCAGAGCAGUUCAAAGCGCAAUGGGUUGUGGUUCUGGUAGCUUCAAAGUUCGUUGUGUACCAAGUAGGUAGCGUCAUCUACGAUCUCUAUUUCCAUCCACUCGCGAAGUUCCCGGGUCCAUUGUUGGGUCGUGGUACACUGUUAUGGCGUCUGUGGUCGACUACUAGCGGGCGCCAGCAUGAGAGGUUUCGAAAAGAACACAAUAAAUGGGGCCCAGUCUUCCGCGCAUCUCCUAACGAACUGAGCUUCGCGUCUCUGCAAUCUUACCGUGAUAUCUACGGGUUUCCCGCCCCCGGAAAAGAGCAAUGCAUCAAGAGCGACUUCUACGACAUCUUUGGCAAUGGCUUUGCAACAGGCUGCAUCGGAUCUGAGCGCAAUGCCAAAGUGCACGCUAGAAAGAAGAAGAACUUGCUGGCAGCAUUCUCGGCAAAGGCUCUGGCCGCGCAAGAAGACAUCAUCCAGCGCUGCAUUGACGGCUUCGUGUCCAAGAUUGGGCCGAUCAGUCAGAAGACGGCGGAGGGAAUCAAUCUGGUCGAGUGGUUUGAGAUGAGCUCAUUUGAUCUUUUGGGCGAAAUGGCGUUUGGAGAGAGUUUUGGGUGCAUUCGAUCAGGAAAGCAUCACUUCUGGAUCGAUCUCGUGCUGCAGCAUGUUCGUCAGAUCACCAUCAUGGACAACCUGCGCCGAUUUGAAAUCCUGUCCGCGCUGUCUAAAUGGAUUUUACCAUCACUCAUAAUGUCGGUUCGUGGAAAGCACACGGCCUAUACCCGGGCCAAAGUUCAAAAGCGUCUUGAGAGCACAUCCGCCCGGCAGGACUUUCUCACAAACGUCGUUGAGAAAGUCAAAUCAGGUGAGGUUCCGUGGGAGGAAGUGGCGGCGCAUUCAUCGACAUUAAUAAUCGCUGGGGGCGAAACGACGGCUACCACGCUCUCUGCAGCCAUGUAUUACUUGCUCAAGACACCACGCGUGUUGAAGAAGCUUGAAGCCGAGAUCCGCAGACGAUACACAACCUACAACGCAAUUGACUCGACGUCAGCGCUGCAACUUCCAUACUUACAGGCCGUCAUUAACGAGGCGCUGCGCAUCCAUCCGUCGGGCGCGCACGGGUUCCCACGCAUUUCGCCAGGGAUGGAUAUUGACGGACGCUGGGUGCCCAAGAACACUGAAGUAUACACGAGCACCUGGAGCGUGUCGCACAGCGCCGAGUAUUUCUCUGACCCAGACACGUUUUAUCCUGAGCGGUGGACAGAUCUGGAUGGGAAAGACAUCAAGGAGGCGAGUCAGCCCUUUUCUCUCGGAUACCGGGCUUGCAUCGGACGGAGUUUUGCGUAUCUCCAAAUGUCGCUGGUGCUCGCUAAGAUGCUGCACACGUAUGACUUUGAACUCUUGGAAAAGAAGAUAGACUGGGAGGCUCAGUCAAGACACUACGUCAUGUGGUGGAAGGCGCCGAGUAGGGUUCGCGCGACAAAGAGGAGUCCGGAUGAGGGUGUAGUGUAUGAAUACAGUAGUGACUGAAAGAAGACCGCGAUCGUUCAUAUUGGGGUCUAAGGUUCUUUAUGCACCAUUGUGGCAUACAUGCUCCUUACAGAGGACACAGGCAGCGACCCGCAAUCAGAGGGGAAGGGCGAAGGAUUUCGAUUAAUAAUGUGCUGUUGCAUGAAGUAUUAGCCUUAGUCAGUGCUAAUGUGUUGGGGCAUAAGAGCUCUCUCCAGAUAGAGAUGGAGGAGACAAGUUACACACAACACCAGAAAAUAGUCAAUAGUCAAUCAAGAGCACGG